UGCUUCACUCAACAGAGGAUGCAGCUAGUUGUUAUGGUAACAGUGCUGGCGCUGGUUGGUGCGAGUAACAGUUGCAGUUUUGGCUGCUCCCUGCAAAACGUCAGCAUCCGCGUGGAGAGCUGUGGCAAAACUGAAUAUGUCUACACAACUGUAUGUGAAGGACAGUGCUACCAUGAGGAUCCAGUAUACCUUUCUGCCACUGCUGUGACUGAACACUACAUCUGCAAUGGGGUCUGGAUCUAUGAAGACAAACGGAUCGAAGGUUGUUCAGUGGGUGUCACCUACCCUGUGGCCGAAAGCUGCAUGUGUACUUCAUGUAACGAAGACAACACAUACUGUGGACGUCUUCCCGGUUCAUGCUGA